GUUGAGCUGCACAUCUCACAAUAAAGCUCUGUCAUUUAACAACAGCGCUACUAUAAGGUUUUACUAUUGUAAGUAACAUACUAUAUGAAAUUGAACCCACAUGUCUCAUACCGUCUUGUUGAUCCAACCAGGUGGAGUAGAAUCUCGCACUUUUAGUGAUUUCGAUACGGUUGAGCAAUGUAUCGAAGGCGUUUGCAACAUUUAUGAGAAACACCUAGAACAGUUGAAUUCGGAUAAUUCCACCAUCACCUAUACCAUGCAGGAAUUAUUUGAGUUCAUGGAUCAACUAAAUGAUAUAGUCUGCCUUGUUUACGAAAAAUCUACAAACUCCUAUUGCCCUUGCCCCAAACAGUGGAUUAAGAAAAAAAUGUAUGAAUUCUUCGAAGAUUCUGCUGUUCGUCAAGUAAAAACUGAGAGUGGUAGCGGUGUUCUGGAUUAAUCAUUCACUUAUAUUUCCUUUAAUCGUGUAACACAAGCACCUUCGAUGCAGAAUUUUAAAAAAAAUAAAUUCUGUUUUGCCUAAAGUUAUGAAAUUUAAUCUUUUA